GCAGGUUGAUCCUCCACAUUCACAUUUCAUCUCCAGCCCAGCGCUACAUUUUUGUAUCCCCUCAACUUUCCUUAUCGAACCAUGUUCAUGUCAACCAAGUUCCUAUUCGUUGCUGCAUCCAUAGGCAGCGCGCUCGCAGCUCCCGCCUGGCCUCGUCAAGUCGCCCCUCAGACAGCCGUCUCUGGCACAGCGGUCGCGUCGGCGGCAGGCCCCACGUUCACUCCCGGAGGAUUGGACAACCCCCCACCUGUCGGAUCGUUCCUCUCUAUCGGCCACUCGGCGCAGAGUAUAAACCGGGCCAGUCUGACAGCGACGGCUACAACGGGUUGCAUCCGAGGCGUGGUGUCCUGUCUCGGAGCGGAUAUCGUUACUUGCGGAGACGACGGCACCGUACGUUCGUUAUCCCAGACCGUGUCAAUCCGGCUGACUGGCGCCUCGUUAGCUCGGCUCGAACAUUACGGCAUGCGACACCGCCAACAACAAGUUCUGUUUCGCGCUGCCCCUCCCGCCGUCGCAGCACCAGGGCAAGACUGUCAACAUCGACUGCACGACGCCCGACAUCGCCGCGGCGGCCAUCGCGGCCACCGGCGCCUCGGGCGGCAUUUACGGGACGGAGCCGCUGGUGAACUCCGUCGUGUUCGAACCACUGACGCCGGACGCGUUCGCGCCCAGUCUAGCGUCGGACACCUUCUUCGGAAGGGCGCUGCAGACUGCCGGGUUCGUGUAAACUGGUAUGCAUAGUGCGGGAAGUGAAAAUGCCCGCCCACCUUGCUUGGACUGAUGUGAGGUGCCUCCCGAAUGUGACGGUGCAUACAAUUUGCCGAUAUGUACGUCCAGUAGUCAUGAUACAUCCAGCGCGACGGCCUGGCUAUGACAUCUGAGUCACCUGCAAGCCUUCCGAGUGAGCACGCUCGCU